UCUCUAGCGGAAACGGAAAUCAGCAGCUAAUUAGAAAAAACAAAAAACAAAAAAUGAACAAAGAGUUCAUCACACAGGGCGGUACGCCCAUUACCACUGAAUUGGCCACGGAUCUGCGUAAUCUGGUUUUCGGUACCGCCGCCAUUCCCAUGCGAGCCGAAUGGCUUCAGACAUCGUUUGUGUUUGGCGCUCCAAAGGAGGAGCUGGCCUACGGUCUCCGUUCGCCUCGAAAUGCCACCCGUGGACUUUUGUCUGUCGUCCAGGGAUUUGUCUUAAAGUAUCUGCUCUUUGCCCGGAAGACCAGUCGCGUUGCUUCGCUUACAGACCCACUCCUGGCCACAGCUGAAAUGCAACGAGAAGCAUUGUUCUGCGCCCUCUUAGAGAUCCUGCGUACCAUCUCGGACAAGGGCAAGGUCACCAUUGUUCUACCCUCGGAGGACGAGGUGUUCGUGGAGCACAGCGCCUGUUACUUUCACGAUUCCGUAACCGAAAAACUCUAUGUCUUUACCCUAUCACCCAACGAGGAGUUGGAAUACUUCUUGAAGCGAAAUUUCAAAUACUUUACAGAGGAGGAGACCCCGGGCACCCUGCUGUUCCUUUAUAGCGCCGUCCUCACGCGAUCCAUGGGAAAAGUUCGAACCGAUCUGGACUCUGCCAAAUCCUCGCCCUUGACUUCCAGUAAUCAUGAGGAGGGUUCCCUAAUGAUUGUCACUUUGCUGCUGACGGGUCGUGCGACGCCCUACAUACACAAUGGUGUUGUAAAUGUGGGAGACGAGAGUAGCUAUGCAGUUCCUCAAUAUGGAGUCCUUAAGCGCUGCAUGAUUGGUCUACUUCUUUGGGACAUUGAAUCGGCUAGUGCUGCUGUUAAUCAGAGUCGUCAGCCGGGUUCCCGCUUGAAGACGCCCAACUAUCCCAUCUGGAUAACCAGCUGCACGGGACACUACGGCGUAAUCUUCAACAAGAAUCCGGAUUUGCUGCGCAACUACCAUGCUGAGUCGCGUUUCGAUGUGAACUACUAUAGCUGUUCGGGUCAUCAGAUAUUGAUGACCAUCGAUAAUCGGACGUACAACGAACAGGCAUUGGUCAUGUUGGAGCGGCAACCAAUCACGCCGGAGAGUACCUCGAUGUCCGGAAAAGAGGAGGGCGGAGGCGGCGCUACGUCGCCAACGGCCAUUUCCGGUGGAGGAGGUGCUGGUGCCGGCGGCGGUGUGGGUGGCGCUAGCGGCGGUGUUGGUGGUGCUGCUAGUGGCGCUAGCGGUGGUAACGAUGUGGUCGCCAAGGAGGAGUCGACGCUCAACACGCCGUUGCAGCGUCUGAUUCGUACCAAGUGGGAAGAGGCAACUAUAAGCUUUCACGUGCAGCCAUCGAUGUUGAGUUAUCUUUUUAGUACCACGCAGUAGAAUCCCAGGAACGUAAAAGUUAUAGAAACUCCUUUGCUAAAGUUAGAACGAUUCACAUUUAAGCACAAGAGAUGUCAUCAAAGAUUAGUUAGAUUUUGUUUUUAGUUUCAUUAGAUCAGCUUAGAGAAGAACUAAAUCAUAAACUAAAGGUCUAUUAAUAUUAUUCUUGAAAUUUUGGUUUAAAGUUAUUUAUGGAUCAGAAAAGAUACUUAGAUUACCUUUUAUCAUAUUUAUGUUAUUUUUUAGUUAACCAUUUCCUACUUGAUCAAAAGCAUGUAAGCUUGUUAUGUUGUCUCUUGGUCUAUGAUAUAAAUCGACUUUCUUGGCGAAUGACCAAUGCACUAAGGAACUUAAAUACUAUUUAUAAAAUCUAAUCAAUAUAUAAACAGUUUUUAUUCGCAAACAAAAAACAAGUAAGUUCCAUUUGAAAGUAGCAAAAUUAAAGUAAUGAAAAAUUCCCUUUUGAGAUUACUCAUAAGAACUCCAACUUUUAGCUUUAUAGUUUUAAUUACUUACCCAGAUUAGUGCCAUAUAAUGUAAGCUUACUAGAUGAUGCACAAGAGAUUAUAAUUUAGCUAGCACUGAAUGUAGUAAAAUUCUACUGUUGCUGACUGUCCGAUGGAAAAUCCUUAUUGGUAUUUGAAAAAGAUAUAAAUGGUUGAAAAAUGAAGAUUAAGAACCAAAACGGCGAUGGUAAAUACACGUAAAAUAUUCCAAGUAUCUAAACUAAUGCCAACGAGCUAAGGCAGAUUUAUGAACAACCUUCAGAAAUCUGCCUGGAUGAGGCCUCUCUUUACGGGAUGAGCGACUGCAGGACUCUAAACCAGUUGAUUGAUGCUGCCGCCUGAAGCCACUAGAUGAUAUAAUAUUAUCAGAUUUUAUGUAGAUCACCAACAUGCUUCGAUUACUCCAACUCCGCACUUUUCGAUGAUAUAUAUAUUUGCAAGA